ACACCAAAAACGAGAUCAGGCACACAAAUCCGUAUCUUGUCGUGACCACGGCCUUCUACCUUGCCUGCAAGAUGGAGGAGUGUCCCCAACACAUUCGAUUCGUCGUUGGUGAAGCGAGAGGUCUCUGGCCAGAGUUCAUUGCCCCGGAUGUCUCCAAGCUGGGAGAAUGCGAGUUCUCCUUAAUCUCGGAGAUGAGCUCGCAGCUCAUCAUACAUCACCCGUAUCGGACUUUAUCAGAACUCCAACCGGAGCUAUCACUUACGUCAGACGAGGUGGCCCUCGCGUGGUCAGUGAUAAACGAUCACUAUCUCACCGAUCUGCCACUUUUGUACCCGCCCCAUGUCAUCGCAGUAAUGGCCAUUAUUGUCGCUGUUGUUUUCAAGCCCAGCCAGACAAGCUUCCACGGGUCUGCGGCGCCACUGGCUAGCGCAAUGAGGGAUGGCGGCAUGAGCAUCCUUGCGGCGCUGGGAGACAAAAACGGCAACGGCCCUCCUCCCCGGAUCCAGCGACUUAUAGCAUGGCUCGCGGAGAGCGAGGUGGACAUCAAGGCAGUCAUCGAGUGCACACAAGAGCUGGUCUCCCUAUAUGAGGUCUGGGAGCAGUACAGCGAAAAGCACUGUAAAGAGCUUCUUGGCCGGAUGGUCAAGAGCAAAAACCUGGAUAAAUGAACAUUUCCAUCCCACAUAUGCAUUUACAUAAGCAAAGCGGCGUUUCAAGGAUCGAUUUACAUGCAUUUCAUACGCGAAUGAGGACUUGCUUCUUUUUCUUGUUUCGGGGUUUCAAGCGAAUUGGGUCGAUCUGUCCAUCACAUAGUCUACAUAAAUACUGCACAAAAAUAUUUCGGGAGCGUCCCAUUCCCAUGUACAACAAAUAAGCUCUUCCAAAAAACC